AGAUGGCAGAGCUUUGCAGGUGGUGAGGUCGGAGUGUCUGUGAGGUCGGCUGCUGUCCAGGGCUGGCCUGGGGUCCUGGUGCCCAGAGUAGGUGGGUGCAAGUAGAUCAGGAUUCCCUGCGCGUCCCCCAGCCUGAGCCAUGGAGACCUGGGAAGAACUGCCUGGUGUGUCCUUGGUGCCCACCAAUUCCAAGGCCCCUCAGGAGAAGAUGUCAGCCCAGGACAGCUGCCUCAGCCUCAUCAAGUACCUCCUCUUCGUUUUCAACCUCUUCUUCUUCGUCCUAGGCAGCCUUAUUUUCUGCUUCGGCAUCUGGAUACUCAUCGACAAGACCAGCUUCGUGUCCUUUGUGGGCUUGUCCUUCAUGCCCUUGCAGAUCUGGUCCAAGGCCCUGGCCAUCUCAGGAAUCCUCACCAUGGGCCUUGCCCUCCUGGGCUGUGUGGGGGCCCUGAAGGAGUUCCGCUGCCUCCUGGGCCUGUAUUUUGGGACACUGCUGCUCCUGUUUGCCACACAGAUCACCCUGGGAAUCCUCAUCUCCACUCAGAAGGUACAGCUGGAGCGGAAAGUGGAGAACGUCGUGCUGAAGACGAUCCAAACCUACCGCGCCCACCCGGAGGAGACGGCUGCGGAGGAGAGCUGGGACUACGUGCAGUUUCAGCUGCGCUGCUGCGGCUGGAACUCUCCUCAGGACUGGUUCCGUAUCCCCAGCCUGAGGAGCAACGAAUCGAGAGGGCACCGCGUGCCCUGCUCCUGCUAUAACUCAUCGGCGACCAACGACUCCGCAAUCUUCGAUAAGAUCUUCCCUCAGUUCAGCGGGCUCGGACAACUGGCGCGGCCCCGACACAAUGCAGACAUUUGCUUGGUCCCCGCGAACAGCUACAUCUACCGUGAGGGCUGCGCACGGAGCCUCCAGAAGUGGUUGCACAACAACCUCAUUUCCAUAGUGGGCAUUUGUCUCGGCGUGGGUCUACUUGAGGUGAGUGUGGCGGGGCUGAGCCUGCUACUACCACGCAGCAUGCUCCGCCGGGAACGCCAGCCGCAGGUUCGAACUGCGGGCCCGGCCCGAGCACCGAUGGCAGCGGCAGGCGCUAUGGUGUGCUGAGCAGCAGCGGGCGUAGCGGCAGUCUGUGGGUUGGCUGGGGCAUGGCGGUGCCUGCCCUAACUGGGGGGACAAGGCCCCGCAGGGUAAGCUGCCCAUGGCUCUGGGGCCCUGGCCCCUUUGGGAUCAAGACGAGGAACAACCUGAGACCGGGAGUGUAGGCGCGGAGAUGGAGGCCGAGAUGGAAUUAGAGGCCGAGACGGAGGGCGAGAUAGAUAAGCCUCCGGAAUAAAGGACUUUGGGCUUUCUCCGGAUCACGCGGCUUCUCAGACUCUAGACCUAUGCUAGACGCAGCUGGAUUCCCUCUACCCCACCCUAUUCCUUCCUGCUUCAACUCCGCUCCCACCCCUCCCCGGCCCGCCCUUUGGUGUCCUACCCAAUGACCUCUAGCCCUUUUACCCUUAAUUCCGCCAUAUUCUCCAAACUCCCGUCCCUGACUGAGUCUUUCACGACCAGGCCCAGUUCUCCCUCUAGUCCCACCCAUCUCCUACCUACUCCCUUCUCCACACCUCCCAUGACGCAGCCCCGCCCAACUCGCGGGCCCUUAUUUUCUUCCCCUGGCCCCACCCCCUAGGUUUUUUCCCUGGGGACCCCCAACUCUCCCCGGCACCCCCUCGACCUCUCUGACCGCGU